CCACCACGUCCAAUACGAACAAGAAGAACCAGAGAGAGGGAAGAGGAUGCGUGUGCCGCUGGGACGCGUUGUUGUGGUGGCCGUGCUGCUGUGCGCGAUGCUCGCCCUGGCCACCUUCACCCGCUUCAUCAAGUCGGACUGCGCCCAGCAAAUGCAGCUCGCUGUCCAUGACAAAGACGACGAGCUCACUAUGGCUGCACAGAACCUCAACAUAGCACUGGAGGCGAAAGCGUCGCUGGGAGAAGAGGUCGUGCGCCUCACGUCGCAGCUGCAGCAGUCGCAGCAGAAGAAUCAGCAGCUUGAGGCACAAAUGCAAGAACUGAUGAAGCUCCAACGGCGGCUUGCGGAAGACAAGCGGGAGAAACUGCAGCAGCAAAACCCGCCGCCGUGGAAUGCAGUGGCCGCAGCAAACAGCCAACCCAGUCCGAACGACCACAAGCUCGCGCUCGUCAUCCCAUAUCGCAAUGCGCGCAAGGAGCUUGAGCAGUUUGUGCCCCACAUCAAGACCUUCCUCGACAAGCAGUCUGUGCCAUUUGAGGUGAUUGUCGUCGAGCAAGUGGACGACUACCGCUUCAACCGCGGGCUCCUCGCCAACAUCGGCCACCUCAAGGGGGUUGAGCGCGGCUGCGACUACAUGGCACUGCAUGACGUGGAUCUCCUUCCACUCAACGACAACCUCGAUUACCACUUUCCCUCCACCCCACGCCACAUCUCCGCACCGUGGCUGCAUCCAAACUACCACUACAACACGUUCAUCGGCGGGAUUCUCCUGAUGAGCAUGGCACACUUCCGCCUCGUCGAUGGCCUCUCAACCCGAUUCUGGGGGUGGGGCAGGGAGGACGACGAGUUGUACAAGCGGAUUGUGGAGAAGAAACUUCAGAUUGAGCGCCCGCCAAAGGACAUUGGGACCGACACCACAAACACAUUCCUCCACUUGCACGACGACGCAUACAGACCUCGCGACAUGAUGAAGAUUGGAAACCAGUAUUCAGACGGCAAGCAGCGGGACACACACUCCGGGCUGUCAACCACACUGGGCUUGUUUGACCUCAAAUCUGAGCGAGAUGUUGACAUUGAUGGUGUCACCAUCCAUAUGUUCAGCGUUGCGCUGCACUGCAAUGAGGAGGACACACCUUGGUGCGUGACGCCACAGGACUGCCUUCACGGUUAUUACAAGCAAUUCAUCAAAGACGACCCGCAGCAUAGAUGGGUGUGCAAACGCUGUGCAAUCAACUGCUGGCGCGGCUUUGUGCUCGUGGGACACUGCACGGAGACCGAUACGCCCGUGUGCAAGAAGAUUGGACGUGACAUUUCGGAAGAGGAGGCUGCGGAGUGGCCUGAGGGAACCAUCAUCCCGCCCAAACAGAGAUAGCACAGGCAUCUGUAUUUGUCGAUGCUAAAUAUCUAUGCAUGCCUGUGUCCUGCAAAUCUUGCAUGCUCAUGUCUUUCUCUCCACUGCCCAUUGCUAAUGUGUGACAUCCACGCACAGUUGUCUUGUAAUCAGGAACGAAACAAAUAAACACCGCUCACUCACC